AACUCGCGUGGAACAAUCACUGUAAGAAUGAGAAUUGCAGGUAUAAAAGUGUAUCGUAGAGGAAUUACGAUCUUAAUAAAAAGGCAGAAGAAAUACCGUCCACAAUAGUUUAGCGAUUUGAAGUGGAAUACGUCCAACUGUAGCAUAAGAUUCUUAAAAUAGUGGAAUAAAUAAUAAAAGUGUUUUUAAUGGAGGAUUAAGAUAUGAAAGUAAAAACUGAAUGUAAAAGAGUUUUGACAAUUCGAAAAACAUUUCCAGUAUUCCUGUCAGUAUGUAUAUUUCUAAUUUUAUUGCAAAACAACAUGGAUACAGAUGUUUCUUUAAUUAACAGAAUGGAAAACGAUUUUACACUAAAAGGAUUCAAUAUUCGCCUUCUGGACAAUUUGGAAGAAAUAGAAGAAAACUUUUCAAGUCAAUAUAAUAAAACUUAUAUAUUUGGCACAAACACUAGUACGCGUUCUAAGGAAUGUACUCGGAAGUUACCGGAUGCAAUUAUAAUUGGAGUGAAAAAGUGUGGAACGCGCGCAUUACUUGAGUAUCUAAGAUUAAAUCCUAAUAUCAAAGCUGCAGGACCAGAACCUCAUUUCUUUGACAGAUAUUAUCAUUUGGGACUUGAUUGGUACAGACAAAAGAUGCCAAAGACUCAUGAUGGACAACUGACGAUUGAGAAAACUCCAAGAUAUUUCAUAACAAAGGAAGUGCCAGAAAGGAUUUAUAAUAUGUCAAAAUCUAUAAAACUUAUACUAGUUGUGCGAAACCCAGUUACUCGUGCAAUUUCUGAUUUUACACAAGCUGUAAGUAAAGGAGAAUACAACAGCAAUGUAACAUUUCAAAGCAAGGCUAUACGACGUAACGGAACCGUAAAUAUGAAAUGGUCAGCUGUUAAUAUAGGUCUUUAUAUAAAUCAUUUAAAAAGAUGGUUAAAAUAUUUUGUGAUGGAAAAUAUACAUAUUGUUGACGGUGAAAAGUUAAUAUCAAAUCCUUUGCAGGAAUUAAAUGCUGUUCAAGAUUUCUUGGAAGUACCAAGAGAAAUUUCAGGCAACGCCAUCUAUAUGAAUGCGUCUAGGGGAUUUCCUUGCAUCUUAAAGCAAAACAAUACACCACCUUACAAAUGUUUUAGAGGUUCAAAGGGAAGGCAUCACUCUUAUGCAGACUCAAAAACACUAACAAAAUUGCAGUAUUUUUAUAAACCUUAUAACAAUGGGUUUUAUCAAAUGGUUAAUAAAUAUUUUUCUUGGUAGAAUUGAAUAUAUC